GCAGAGCUAUAGUUUUCUGAUUUAAAUGAUGCUUCAUACGUCAUACCUUCUAUAACUAUCUGUGGCCAGAUAAACAACGCCGGUGAAUUUACGAGAAUGGCGGUCCCUUCCAUGAUGAAGACGCAGGAAGUGCGGGAGACGACGCGCAUCGAGCGCAUCGGCGCACACUCGCACAUCCGCGGGCUUGGCCUCAAUGACAACCUGGAGCCGCGGCAGGUAUCGCAGGGCAUGGUGGGCCAGAUACAGGCGCGGCGGGCGGCCGGGGUUAUCCUAGAGAUGAUCAAGGAGGGCAAGAUAGCUGGUCGAGCCGUGCUGUUCGCCGGCCAGCCCGGGACGGGUAAGACUGCCAUCGCCAUGGGGAUAGCCCAGGCGCUGGGAGCAGACACACCGUUCACCGCGAUGGCAGGCUCCGAGAUAUACAGCCUCGAGAUGAGCAAGACGGAAGCCCUGACGCAGGCGAUACGCAAGUCUAUUGGAGUACGCAUCAAGGAGGAGACGGAGAUCAUCGAGGGGGAGGUGGUGGACCUGCAGGUGGACCGGCCGGCCACCGGGCUCGGGGCCAAGGUCGGCAAGCUCACACUCAAGACGUGCGACAUGGAGACCGUCUACGACCUGGGCACCAAGAUGAUAGACUCCCUCAUGAAGGAGAAGGUGCUGGCCGGGGACGUGAUCACCAUCGACAAGGCGACGGGCAAGAUCACGCGGCUGGGCCGGUCGUACACGCGGGCGCGGGACUACGACGCGACGGGCCCGCAGACCCGCUUCGUGCAGUGUCCCGACGGGGAGUUGCAGAAGAGGAAGGAGGUGGUGCACACGGUCACGCUGCAUGAGGUCGAUGUCAUCAACAGCCGCACGCAUGGCUUCCUCGCUCUCUUCUCGGGCGACACCGGAGAGAUCAAGAGCGAAGUGCGGGAGCAGAUCAACUUCAAGGUGGCCGAGUGGCGUGAGGAGGGCAAGGCGGAGAUAGUUCCCGGGGUGCUCUUCAUCGACGAGGUUCACAUGCUGGACAUUGAGUGCUUUUCAUUCCUGAACCGCGCUUUGGAAAAUGAGAUGUCACCCAUCAUCAUAAUGGCGACAAACCGUGGCAUCACCCGCAUCAGGGGUACCAACUACAAGUCUCCCCACGGUAUCCCCAUCGACCUGCUCGACCGUCUUAUCAUCGUGUCCACGUCCCCCUACUCUGAGAAGGAACUCAGGGAGAUUCUCAAGAUAAGAUGCGAGGAGGAGGACUGCGAGAUCAGCGACGACGCCCUCCUCGUGCUGACGCGCAUAGCCAUGGAGACAUCGCUGCGCUACUCCAUCCAGCUGAUUACCACGGCCAGCCUUGUGGCCCGGCGGCGCAAACACCCCGAGGUUGCCAUAGAAGACAUAAAGCGUGUGUACGCCUUGUUCUUGGAUGAGGCAAGGUCCACACAGUACCUCAAGGAGUAUCAGGACGAGUUCAUGUUCAACGAUGUAGCCAAGGACGUCAUCCUGGAUACAGCGACGUUCUCACUGCCAGACGAUGCUGUAACUAUGGAAAUUGAAACAAGUUGAAGAUGAAUAUUACUUUGCAAAGAUUAUUUUUAACUACCACCUGCAGUAACUGAAACCAUAACUUGCAAGUAAAUCUAAUGCAGUUUGAGUUAAAUGUUUUUGUACAUUAUAAUAUGUUCCUUAACUGUUCGCAAUUCAAUUUAGAUUUAACACUUCAAAUGUGUAGAUGUCAUGUGUCUUGAAUUUAAUUUUGUAAAUUUGUCUUUCUUGUUACGUCAUUAAAGUGAUUUGCCAUGUUUGUAA